AACACUGCUGGGCUCUUAUCUUGCAAGUCACGUCACAUAAACAAGCCAGUCAAAAUGGCGACUCCCACUAACGUCAUUUUGAGGAUAAUUCUGGUUUUGGCGUUGAUUUCGCCAGGACUUGAAGCCACCAGGUUUGGCUCCAAGGCCAGAACUCUUCAUCUCCACUCUACGAAGGGAAAGGAUGACCUCGGGGAGGGGUACACUCGGGUAAGACGGUCGACCGAAGAGAAGAACCCUGCUUCGCCAGUGCGGGAGGCCAGGUCAGCCGACAGAGAGAAGCGGGGCAUACCAAGCAACGUGAACAUGACAGCGUAUGACCUGGAUGACAAUCAUCCGGAGCUUAUCGUUCACUGGGCUGGGGAGGGGAGCGACAUGAUCGUCUGCUUGACCCGUGACAUUGACCUGACGCCUUCGUCCACCUCAGGCGUCUAUUUCUCCUACAACUACGGCCAGACAUUUGAUAAGAAGACGAACUUCGCACUGGACGAUGGCCAGGAGGCCGUCUUUGACCGGUUCUACCACAUCCCAACGGAUAACGCACGGUAUCUCUUUGUGGACACGGUACACUCGGUGGUCUUUCGGACCGUGGACGCCGGCCGGACUUGGCAGCACUUCCACACGCCGGUCAAGAUGACCACCAUCUCCAUGCACCAGACCGACCCAGACUUUGUCCUGGGAAUGGACGACGACGACCACGACAAGAGAUUGUGGAAAUCGGAGAACUUUGGUGCCACCUGGCUGCUGGUGCAAAGCGACGUCAAGUCAUUCUGGUGGGGUGUGCCAGGGGUGGACAGGCCGGACACGCUGUUCGUGGAGAGGCUGGAGCCCACCGGCACCUCCACAGUGCUCAAGUCAGAGCACUACUUUGACUGGGACUGGGAGGACCAGACCGUCAUCACCAACGUGGUGGACUUCGAGGUGCGGGAUGAGUACAUGUUUGCCACCACAAAUGCAUUCAUACCGUUUGGAGGCGAACGAAGUACGGACAGCGACACCAGGCCUUACCUGGAUCUGAUGGUGUCCCACAACAGGGGACCUUUCAUGUACGCAGACUUCCCCUCCUGGCUCCCGAGAAGGGAUUUCUACAUCGCCGACGCCGACGAGGACCAGGUCUUUGUCUGCGUCAACCACGACCUGAACAAGACCAACCUGUACAUCAGCGAGGUGCAGGGCACCUCCUACUCCUUGUCGCUGGAGGACAUUGUCUACUUCAGCCCGGAGGGCCCCGGCAAAGACACCUGGCUGAGCCGCUACGCCGACGAUCCGUUCGUGGAGCUGCACCGGGUGGACGGGCUGCGCGGCAUCUACAUCGCCAACAAGUUCAACACCACCAACGGCCAGUUCACUGAGGAGAACAUGGUCAGCCUCAUCACCUACGACAAGGGCGGGGAGUGGAACCCCCUCCUGCCCCCGGAGUUCGAGGGCAACUGCGUACCGCCUAAGUGCUCCCUGCACGUGACCCAGAGGGUCAGCCAGCUCUACCCCGGCACCCGCUUCAACCCCAUCCUCUCCAAGCAGUCGGCGCCCGGCAUGAUCAUAGCCAUGGGCAAGUUGGGCAGCAGCCUGGGUGCCGACGCCGACUUCAACGUGUACCGGUCGGGGUCCGCUGGGGCGACGUGGUACGAGAUGUUGAGCGGGCCGUUCUUUUAUGCCUUCGGGGAUCAUGGAGGCGUGGUCAUGGCAAUUACGCAGUACGGAUCCACCAAUGCAGUCAAGUAUUCCGUGUCGGAGGGCGAAUCGUGGACAACGGAAUCCACCGAAGACGACAACACCAAAAUUGUGGUGUACGGCAUGAUGACGGAGCCCGGGGAAAAGACCACCACCUUCACCAUUUUUGGGUCGCUCACCCAGAGGCAUAGCUGGCUGAUCGUCCAGGUGGACUUGAGGAAGGCGCUAGGCGCCGACUGCACGGACAGUGACUAUAAGCAGUGGUCUCCCGGCGACGAGUAUCCCGACUCUCACUGUCUGCUGGGGCGGAAGAUGAUCUUCGAGCGGCGCAUCGCCCACGCGGUGUGCUACAACGGGCGGGACUACGACCGGCCCAUCUCCGUCCAGAAUUGCACGUGCGACAGAGAGGACUUUGAGUGUGACUUUGGCUACAUCGAGAGCCACGACUGGGAGAACAAUUGUAUCCGGGAUCCCGAGGACCCUAACGAUCCCCACCAGAUUCCCAAGCCGUGCCCGGAGGGGACUUUCUACCGCCGCACGAAGGGUUACCGCAAGGUGGAAGGCGACACGUGCCACGGCGGAGACGAGUACAGAUAUGAGGCAGAUCAGGUCUCCUGUCCGGUCAAAGAGAUGCCCGAAUUCAUUCUCUACGCCCGCCGGACGGAGAUCCACCGCUACCUCCUCAACUCUGGCCGGGACGAGCGGCUGAACCUGGACGUGUCGCUGCAGGCCGCCAUCGCCCUGGACUUUGACUGGCAUAACAACGUGCUGUACUGGGCCGACAUUGUGGAGGAUACUAUCCAUAGAUACAGCCUGGAGGAUGGCAACUACACCUUGAUCGCUGACAAGGGACUCCAGACGGUGGAGGGCCUGGCUUUUGACUGGAUCGCCCGGAACAUCUACUGGGUGGACUCGGGCAACAGGAAGAUCGAGGUGGCUCGGCAGGACGGACGCUUCCGCCGGAUGCUGGUCAACGAGACCAAGAACCUGGACAAGCCCCGCGCCAUCGCACUGGAUCCCAAGAAAGGGAAGAUGUACUGGACCGACUGGGGGGAGCAUCCCUACAUCAUGCGGGCCGACAUGGACGGCUUAAACGCCCAGGCAAUCAUCAACACCAACGUCCACUGGCCCAACGGCAUCACCAUCGACGACCAGCUCCAGAAGAUCUACUGGACGGACGCCUACCUGGACCGCAUCGAGACGGCCAACAUGGAUGGCACAUACCGCCGGGUGCUGCUGAGCGAGGGGGUGCCACACCCGUACGCCAUCGGGGUCUACAAGGAUGACAUAUACUGGGAUGACUGGCAGUUGGAGUCCAUUUUGAAGGCCGACAAGUAUGUUGGAGGGAGCCGAACGACCGUUCUGGGUAACCUCACUGGUGUGAUGGACCUGAAGAUCUUCCAGAAUGCCUCUCAACAAGGUGAGAACCCCUGUAAAGUAAACAACGGUGGCUGCAGCCACCUGUGCAUCGCCGUGGCCAGCUCCACGGGGGAACUGACCCGCCGCUGCCUGUGUGCCGACGGCUUCCCCAAGUCCACAUCAGACAUCGGCGAGGUCUGCCGUUGCGAGAACGGGGAGGCCAUGCAACCGGACGGCACCUGCAAACCACCCUCAGGUCACACAUGCCAGCACGACCAGUUCACCUGCGGCAGCGGCAACUGCAUACCCAUGUCGUGGAGGUGUGACCAUGACAACGACUGUGGAGAUAUGACGGACGAAUUGGACUGCCCCUACGAAGGUUGCAGAGAUGAUCAGUUCACCUGCAACAAUGGCCACUGUAUCCCCUCAAGAUGGGUUUGCGACUUUGACAACGACUGCGGCGACAUGUCGGACGAGCAUGAUUGUACCUACCCAACUUGCGAUGCUGACCACUUCACCUGCGCCAACCAGCGAUGCAUCCCAAACAGCUGGGUGUGCGACGAAGAUGACGACUGUCGCGACGGAUCCGACGAGGACGACUGCACCACGACAGCCGUGCCCACCACGCCGUUCUCGGGCACCUGCAGUGCAAGUCAAUUUCAGUGCCACAGUGGACGCUGCAUUCCUGGGUCAUGGAAGUGUGAUGGCGACAACGACUGCGGCGACAUGUCGGACGAACCUCCCGAUUGUCCCCACCGGACGUGCAACGUCUUCCAAUUUGAGUGUACCAACGGUCGCUGUAUUCCGACAUGGUGGAAAUGCGAUGGGGAGAAUGACUGUAGCGAUGGCAGUGACGAGGCAGAUUGUGUCGUGACUACCCCAGAAACGACAACGUGGACGUUCCCGGAGCACUCCUGCCACCCAGGUGACUUUGUCUGCUACAGUGGCCAGUGCAUCUUCCCCAGCUGGAAGUGCGACGGCGUUGUGGACUGUUACGACGGUUCGGACGAAUAUGAUUGUGCCACCGAACAACCAGGAACGUGCUCCUACUUCCAGUACCAGUGCAAUGACGGUGACUGCAUCCCGGAGUUUUGGGAGUGCGAUGGCAUGGCUGACUGCGACGACGGUUCAGAUGAAUGGGGCUGCGGAUACACCACGACGGUACCCACCAGACCGCUGACGUGCGCCCCUUGGCAGGCACCCUGCGGCCCUGGCGCUGACGUUCCCUGCAUCCCCGAAAGUUGGCUGUGUGAUGGUUGGGACGACUGCGGGGACAACAGCGAUGAGAGGAAUUGCCCCACAGAUCUGCCAACAUGGCAUCCACCCACAUGGGGCCCCUGCGUAGGCUUCCGAUGUAACGAUUCUACCCAGUGUAUACCCAUGUCGGAGCGCUGCAAUGGCCACGGCGACUGCGAUGACCUGAGUGACGAGCAGGGCUGUCCCAGCCGUGCUCCGACACCGACACCGGCGCCUUUCUGUCCCCCCAGGGAGUUCCAGUGCGAUGGAAACCUCUGUCUGCCUGCUAGUGUGCAGUGUAAUGGCAUACAAGACUGCCUGGAUGGAACGGACGAAGCAGGUUGCCACGGUCAAUUCAUCCCCAGGCUGGAUGGUAGCUCUCAGACUCCAACGACAGUCCGACUCGUCAUCACACAGCCUGAAGAUAACCCUGAAGAGUAUUACACCUACAACAUCUACUAUCAGGAAAUGUUUUGGCUUGAAUCCACGCCAAGCCCAGAGCUGACAAUUCCCGACGUGCCGAGAACGGGCAAUGAGACCGUGUACGUCGUCCCCGGGCUGACCCCAGCCACGGCGUACGAGUUCAGCGCCGCAGUGCACUUGCCCCAAAGCGGCAUCACCCACGACAGAUCAAAUGUUUUGUAUGUCUUCACUGAAGAAGGACCUCCAUCCAUUCCACGCAAUGUGCGGGUGUCUGUCAUAUCUCCGACUGCGGUCAACGUGACUUGGUCGCCUCCUGAGCAAGUGAAUGGAUUUAUCAUGAAGUAUGAGGUUUUCUACCGCCUGCAAUUCAGUGCGCGUUUCGACCGAAAGACGACACACACAACGUACGCGGUCAUUGACGCCCUCCUCACCAACAGAGUUUAUCUGUUCAAGGUGCGGGCUUACAAUGGCGGGGGUGCCGGCGACUUUUCUGAUGAGGUUGACCAACGGAUAAUGCCAAACCCGCUGACAAUCACAAAACCUCCGCAGGACGUCAGCGUGGUGUCAGUCGGCAAAACAUCCGCCACCCUGACUUGGAAGAAGCCAGACACCCAAAAACCCGUCAACUAUUACCUAAUCUACUGCGACACCACCAGCUCAACCCACCAAUGCGGGAACGCAACAAGGACAUCGGCCACCAUCGAAGAACUGUGCCCAGGGACCAGGUACUUCUUCCAGGUAGCAGCCGGGAAUGAGGGUGGUGUGGGCCCCCAGUCUCGCAUGGUCAUCAACAGCACGCAAGGCACUGCCCCCUCGGCGCCAACAAACCUCAAUGCCAUGACAAAGUCCUUGACCGAGAUCUCACUGUCCUGGGACCCUCUGCCUACUGGGAUGGUAAAAACCAACACCUAUUCCAUUUACUGGGAACGGACAACUGCCGGUCGGCUGCCUUUACAGGACACAACAAAGUCAACUAAGUACAUGGUGAGCGGCCUGGUGCCAGGAAUAGAAUACGCCUUCCAGGUCAGCCUGGGGAUUUGUCCGGACGCACCGAGGACACCCAUUGCGUUCUGCAACACCUCUUACGAUGAGACUUUGCCGGUCAGGGAUCUGGCCGUUCAGUCCAUCGACAUCACGAGCCUCAACGUGAGCUGGAAGGCACCCCGGGACGCACCCCAUGUGUUGGUGUACAAAGUGAUGUACCAGGAGGUCAAGAACACAAAGCUGCAGACAUUGAUGGUCGGUCCCACGCCAGACCGCUUCUUACACAAAACCGUCACCGGCCUGGUGCCCGGCAUGAUGUACAUCAUCAAAGUCAGCACUGACGCUGCCAACGCCAAGGUCAGCCGUCCAGUGAACGGAACCACGAGAAGGGUUCCAGCGCCGACGGACUUUCUGGCAAUUACUGAGAAGGACGACCAUGUCUAUGUGAUGUGGGCCCCAUUACUCAAUCCAUACCAACCGCAGAACAAGUCAUUGGGUUACACGGUGUUCCGGGCAGGCAUCAGGCCGAUUCUUGCAGAGGAUGGCGGCAAAGGAGACUAUUACCAGAAAUGUGAAGAUCUGGGCCAGAAGUCCUAUCUCCUACCAACCCUGAAAGAUUACAUCCCUAUCCUCAACACCACCAGCCAUUUCGCCCAUCUAGACCCGCUCCCUCCAAAACAGGCUCACCUCCUGAGGGUCAGCACAGGUGCCUACAAGGGAAUCUACGGUCUGAUGUCUGACUAUGCGUGUGUGGACGGCCCUGAAACAGCUGUCAAGCCAACCAAUCCCCCCCAGCAAACGGCGGAGAAGACCUGGAUAGCAGCCGUGGUGGCUGCGGUGAGCCUGAUUAUCCUCUUGGUCAUCGCACUGGGCUACUUCGUGGUCCGCCAUCGCCGCCUGCAGCGCAGCUUCAUGUCCUUCGCCAACAGUCACUACGACCCCCGCUCGGGCACGGCUACCUUCAGCAGUGGAGAUGAGGAUCUCGGGGAGGAAGAGGAUCAGCCAAUGAUACGCGGCUUCUCCGAUGACGAGCCGCUGGUGGUCGCGUAAACCAUGACAUCAGCCCACCUGGUUUGCCAUGCUUUUUUCCCCUUUUUCAAUGUUCCUCGGUUCCUUUGGUUUUUACUGAGAUACUUAAUUGUGCCCACACAACCAACUACAUGUACAUGUACCAAUUUGCAGGUUAAUGUUUAGUGGCAUAAAAUUACGCAAGUGUUUAAGGGGACAAGGAGAGUAACUGUUAAUUGUCUAGAGGAAGAAAAUUACAUAUACCCAGGUGUUUUACCUACAUGCGGAUGAUAACACACGUACAUUGUAUUUGUGGGACGACUAGGGAAGUUUUCUGCAGCCAGCAUUUGUUCAAUAUCAGUGGCAUGUAUUCCUCUGGUAGUCACAUUAAUCGUUUUAAAGAUCGGUACGAGUAAUACUGUUUUUGGGCUGGCCAGGUGGCACACUGCGACCGAAAUAAUACCGAGACCAAUGAUGAUCACAAAGAUAAUACGUGAAGUGUUCUGCCCCAUAGUCGUUGACGUUGCUUGUAAUGUAACUAUUUCAUGCGUGUAAUCUUUAUCCUCAGUAAUUUUACCGACGAAAUUUCAGCUUCAAAUGAAAGACACGUACUUGUAUAAACAGA